CAUUAUAACAGAGGUCUGUGAUUGGGGGAGUUUAUAUCCUGGUAGCAUUAUAACAGAGGUCUGUGAAAUUACACAUAUGGAAUCAUGUAGUAACCUAAAAAGUGUUAAACAAAUGAAAAUAUAUUAUAUUUUUUAAUUUCUUCAAGGUAGCCUCCCUUUGCCUUGAUGACAGCUUUGCACACUCUUGGCAUUCUCUCAACCAGCUCCAUGAGGUAGUCACCUGGAAAGCAUUUCAAUUAACAGGGCGAGGGGCCGCUCGCUCCCCGUGGUAUAGAGAAGGAUGAAUGCCACUCUGUUCCAGCCUAACUGAGAAAAAGGGAGCAACAGAGGAAGAGAAGGAAGAGGAAGCGGUGGAAAGAGGAGAGGAAUAAGUAAAGAAGAAGAUAUUGAGAUCCGUAUUCUUGACAGGGAUCACCUCCUCUUCACCUCCGGACAAAAAUUUCUCUCAGUUCGUCUCUCUCUCUCUCUCUCUCUCUCUCUCUCUCUCUCUCUCUCUCUCUCUCUCUCUCUUUUUCCUCCAUCGUCGACAUCGUUCACUGCAGCGGCUCUACCUCUCCUAGACUUUGAGCCGUGAAGGGGCUCUCACACACACACACACACACACACACACACACACACACACACACACACACACACACACACACACACACACAAAAAAAAAACACGUUUGGUCUGUGUCCUGUUGAUUUGCUGAUGCUGGUUAGCCUGGCUGCCUGCCUGCUCGCUCCAUCCCAAUCUCCAGAUCAUGAAGAGGCCCAAGCAGCAGACUCAUCCCCUCAGCUUCCUCUCCUUCUUCAGCCGGAAGCCUAAAUCCGACCCCAGGCUUGAGAGGCCUGCUGGGGCCAAUAACAAGGAGGAGGUCUCCAUCACUCUCACACCCAGCGAACAUGCAGACCAGGACCAGAACAUCACAGCCGAAGAUGGCGGGAUCGAACAAGGCGACUUCGAGGCGGCAUCGUCAGGGGUGACGGGUGACGACCCUGGUGCUGCGGUGGAGGCGGAAUGCUGCGGGGGCGGAGCCAACAGCUCUUCCACAGGUGUCCUAUCCCUCUCCUCUUCUAGCCAGGACCAGCUAUUGGACGAUCACCACUUGGAGGAGUGUCCUUUAUGCCUCCUCAGCCAACCACGAUGCCGGUUCCCUCGCCUCUCUUCCUGUUCCCACCGGGCCUGCUAUGAUUGCCUGAGACAGUACCUGAAGAUCGAAAUCUCAGAGAGCAGGGUGGGCAUCGCCUGUCCGCAGUGCCCCGAGGCGUUUGCGCCGCAAGAUGUGCGCGCCAUCUUGGAUGACCUGACGCUGCUGGAGAGAUUCGAAGAGUACCAGUUGAGACGGUUUCUGGCAGCCGACCCGGACACACGCUGGUGUCCUGCACCCGACUGCAGCUUUGCAGUAAUAGCGUAUGGCUGUGCUGAGUGUCCUAAGCUAAGCUGCGGGCGUGAGGGCUGCGACACAGAGUUCUGCUACCACUGUCGGCAGCUGUGGCACCCCGACCAGACGUGUGACCAGGCUCGACGCCAGCGAGCACGCCACACUUCCGGGGGAAAUGAUGCCUCCACACUAUACGUCUUCAACGAGGAGCCUGGAGGAGAGUCAGAGGAGAUCAAGGCGUGUCCUCGUUGUGGGGCCUACAUCAUGAAGACCAACGAUGGCAGCUGUAACCGGAUGAAUUGUACCGUGUGCGCCUGUCAGUUCUGCUGGCUGUGUAUGCAGGAGAUCACCGACGUGCACUACCUCAGUCCCUCAGGUUGUACGUUUUGGGGGAAGAAGCCGUGGUCUCAGACCCGGAAGGUGCUGUGGCAGGUGGGCAUGCUGCUCGGCGCCCCGGUAAUCAUCUCUCUCAUCGCUGGCAUCGCCAUCCCCGUCAUCAUAGUGGGCAUUCCCAUUUACAUGGGCCGCAAGGUCCACGGUCGCUGUAAGAAGAACAAUAUCUCAGGUAGUAAACAUUACCUAACGGUGGCCAGCGGCGUUAUGAUGUCCGUGUUCGUGUCGCCUGUCAUAGCUGCUGUCACUGUGGGGGUGGGCGUCCCGUUGAUGUUGACAUAUGUCUAUGGAGUCGUCCCCAUGUCGCUCUGUCGAAAUGGAUGGUGCCGACCGCAGAACGAGCCCCCAGAAACACACAAGAUACAACUGGAAGACCUAGCCAGCUAUCUUCUAUUCUCUCAUGUAGUCAGCGACCACUGGCCGGGGCCGGGGCCAAGAGGCCAGACCAACCCCGCCCUCAGCGACACCAGUGUCCAGGAAGUCCUACAAGAUGUUAGGGUCAGCAUACAGGAAGUUGGCGUGCUCCCCAGCACCAGCAGUGCUGCCACGCCCCCGGAACCAGAUGCAUGCACAGGAUUGGACAAGCAUCAGAUGCGUCAUGUUUAUACGCAGCAGGACAGCCAAUCAGACUGCGAAGGGGCUGGGGCUGCUGGGAUGCUGGAUAAUACACAGACAUUCUCCUUGCGGGAGGGAACAAACAUUGAGGUGCGUGUAGAGAUCGAGGCCCAUCCACGAGGCGCACGUCAGUCCAGCCUCAGUAGCAUCCUGUCCAGUCGCAGCCUAUCAGCUGAGUCCCUGGGUCGAGCACACUCAGUAGGCCGCGCCCACUCGCAAGAUCACCUGGGCCACGCCCACUCCCAGGAACAUCUGUGUGCCUCUGAACAUGAAGAAGAGAGCGGAGAAAUGGAAAGAGGAGGAAGAGAGGGAGAAAGCAGGGACCACCUGCAUGUUUUUGAGACGGACAAUGUCUGAGCACCACCUACUAUUUAGGCCACACCCCGUUUCCACUACAGGCUCCUCCCACAAGCUGUCUUCCUGCUCCACCGUCUGAGAAAGAGUCGGGGACAUGGAGAGAGAAAGGGAGAGCGAGAGAGAGAGAUGUGUGUUUGUGAGAAAUCGACAAAAUAAAGAGGGCCGCUUGCCAACACGGAUGCAUCAAAACAAACCAGAAAUGACUGGCAGCAUGUUGAUCGACUAGUUUGGUGGGUGUUAGUCUCACUUUACUGUGUCCUUUCAGAAGAGACUGCCUCCCCCCCUCCCAAUCUAACAAUGGUCUAUUUAAAUGAUUAUUUAAAUUCAAAUUAUUACCAAGCCCCUUCUCUACCUACACCCGCGUACUUAGAAUGAUCUAGAGCCGUUUGUAUCAAGCGUCUCAGAGUUGGAGUGCUGAUCUCGGACCAGUUUUGCCUUUUCGAUCACAAUAAAUACGAUUAUUAUAGACAGAGAAGACCUGAUCCUAGAUCAGCACUCCUACACAGAGAUACAUACAACGCCUAAUUUCCCCCCUUCCAUCUAAGAUACAUUUAAGAGAUCUAAAAGCAUGUUUUGUUCUGUAGGGGUUAGCCAUAUGUAACAUGCUGCUUCAACUCUCUCUUCCUGUCCUGACACUGAUGAGGUAUGAAAUGCUUCCUGCCUGUCCUGUGUUGAUGAUGACAUGCCAUGGAACGUUGAGAGGCUACUGUGUAAAAGGGUCCAAUGAAGGGGGGAGAGUUUCCUCACAAAGGGUUAUUUCAGUAUUGUCAGAUACAGUGUAAACCUGACUUUAUGCAACACGUUUUAACAGGGGAGCUAUGCUGGUCAACUUUACAGGACUUGUUGAAAUGCAGUCGCCCUCAACUAUGACUCGUUGGUGAUCUCAGUGAAUUUCAUAGUAGACCACUUUGACCGUACUGGUUAUCAAGCUGAUGCCCCCUUGUAUCACAACCUUCCAUUGUGGAGGUUGGGGGGGGGUGGGGGGGUUAUGUUUUGGUCAAGGCAUGCAUUCUUUCACUGCUGUGAAUCUAAGCAAUAUUCAGGGACCAGGCUCUGUGAAGUUUAGAGCCAGACUUACAGUGAGGGAAAAAAGUAUUUGAUCCCCUGCUGAUUUUGUAUGUUUGCCCACUGACAAAGAAAUGAUCAGUCUAUAAUUUUAAUGGU